CAAUAUUCAAAAGCUAAAUUAACCCUCAUCAUACGUUAUUCCUUGUCUCAUUUCUAAUUACUCUGAAACUUUCUACUCAUCUUCUGAUUACUAUUUCCAUUCUUUUCUUCAAUCAACCAUGCACCUUCUGUAUAUAAAGAUGACAGCCACCUGCCUUGUUCCCCCUCGCCGUAAGCUUUGUGCCCAAAAAUCGGCUGAGUCUUCUCUUGAUUCCAACUUCAUUGUCAUCUUCGUAAGUGUUAACCUUCCCAUGACCCCAGUGCAACAGAAUUUCCACAAGCCAUAACAAAAUAAAGUAGACUUAAUGUCUGUCUAAGUCAUUAUUUAAUAUUCAAAUUAUUAUAAUAUAAGUUUCAAAUACUUGAUUCGGUUUCUUGUUCUAAGAAGACGAGAACUUAUGGUGUUCAAGGCAAUGAUGCGGUCCAUCAGGGAACUCUUUCUGUUUCUGCUACUCGGGAUUUUUUCCAAGGCCAUAAGCAUGAAGCCUCCGCACUCGAGAAGUUCGAGCGAUUCCCAGGAAAGCUUCAGCUAUUGCUUGAGUUGGAGGCUUGCUGUGGAGGCCAACAAUGUACGGGCUUGGCGCACUGUCCCAACUCAGUGCCUGCGCUACAUUGAAACUUACAUGACCGGUGGCCAAUAUGACAGAGAUGUGGAGCUCAUUGCAGAGCAAAUCUUGUUAUACGCCACUGAAAUCACCGUCUCUGACGAUGGCUUGGAUGCCUGGAUUCUCGAUGUCGAUGACACUUGCAUCUCCAAUAUUUUAUACUACAGAGAAAAGCGAUAUGGGUGUGAUCCAUAUGACUCAUCUGGAUUCAAGGCUUGGGCGUUAACAGGUGGUUGCCCGGCGAUUCCUGCCAUGCUUGUGCUGUUUAACAAGCUGGUUGAAAGCGGAUUCAAAAUCAUCCUGGUGACCGGCAGAGAUGAAGCAACUUUCGGGGAAGUCACUAGAGAUAAUUUGCGUGAUCAGGGAUUCAUUGGCUACGAUAGGCUGAUUAUGAGGAGUGAAAGCGACAGAGGCAAGAGUGCAGUGGCUUACAAGUCUGAAAUUCGGAAACAGUUAAUGGAAGAAGACUACAGAAUCUGGGGGAAUGUGGGCGAUCAGUGGAGUGAUUUGCAAGGAGAAUGUGUUGGAAACCGCACUUUUAAGAUUCCAAAUCCCAUGUAUUUUGUUCCUUAAAUUUACCAAAAUUCCAUGUAACUGUAGUGUAAACAAUUUCAAUAAAAGUUCAUGUUUUUCAGGGACCUUUAUUUAAUUUUAAAAUUAUAUGGACCUUAAUGAAUUAUCCCAGUUCUGAAA